AGUUGAUUUGUCCCACAGAAUAUCCCAAACUGCGACGCCGCACAUGCUCUUCCUUUUCCUAUGGGCUAUCCUUUCGUUUCCUGUGAUUCCUUCGACUAUUCAUUGGGCGUCCACGGCUUCCGUUUCUGACAGCUUCCGGAGCCACCAUUUUCAUGGCCUUCCCCUCUUUUUGUUUUUUCUAUAUAAACCUUUCAUCACUCAGGCUUCGUUCCAAACACCAAAGUUCAAACAAGAGGUUCUUCAUUCUGAUCGUGAGAGUCCGGUGAAAAUGUCUACCAUCGCUGAGACAUGGAUGGGCGAGCUGGCAAGGUUGAAAGAGAAGAUCUUGCCUUCUAAGCCCAGAGAAGGAUCACGAGCUGAGCCAACUGUGCACAAGGAAGCUUCUAACGAGAAGGACAACAGAGGUGUUCGGACGGACAGUUCAAUGAUGUCUGAAGCAUCUGUGUGUUUGCUUAUGGAUCGAUUUGUGCCUUGGUGAUAUGUCUGUAUUCAUGUUUUUUAUUUGUAUAUAUUUCGACACCAGGUUUACUCAGGCUAAACCUUUUUUUGGUUUCCGGGGCCAUCUUAAUUCUUAAAUGGAUGCAUCUAUACCGCUCUUACUCUGACUCAUUCUCUAAAGGAAUGGUCAUGAAAACUCAAAUGUUCUAUCUCCUCGGUUGAACUGAGCUUUAACUUUGGAUUAAUGAAAUAUUGAAGCUAGCAGUAA